AUGCCCUUUGGACGCAAUACCCUCUCUACGUUGCAGUGGCUUCUUACCAACGUGGGAUCAAGUGCGGCUGUUUGUGAAAGAUGCAUUCGAUCAGCGGCUGUCCUACAUGCUGGAAGAACAUGA